CGGACCAUGGCGACUCUCGGCGGUAGUCGUGUGGAGCGGCUCGGCAAUUCAAACCAACAUAAGUCUUCCCUCGCCUCUCCAGAGAAAGUCCGUGAACUUCUCAGCGAGGGUGUGUCCUCGGCAGACGUCGCUUCUGACAGUGCACAAGGAAAUCUAAAUGAGCUGGACGUAAAAAGCAACUCUGAAUCUCCCUGCGAGGCAACGAACAAAGACGCCUUUUUUUCAAGAGUGGAAUCAUAUUCAUGUUUGAAAUGGGCCGGCAAGCCGCGCAUACUUUCCCCUCUGAUGUGUGCCAGAUACGGCUGGAUCAACGUGGGCUGUGACAUGCUCAAGUGCUCCAGCUGCCAGGCCUUCCUGUGUGCAUCACUGCAGCCAACGCUAGACUUUGACAAAUAUGAAACCCGCAUCGGAGAAAUAUCCAGACAACUUCAGACACAGCAUGAGAAGUUUUGUCCUUGGCCCGACUUUCCAUGUCCCGAACGGUUCUGGCUCGUCCCGGCGUCUGAACCAUCAACUCUUCUUGCUGCUUUCUUGGAGCGUUUCCAGGGCGCUUGUCUCCUCGCACUUCAGCUGCCGGCUAUGAGGCCGGAGCAGCUGAAACUCAUGUCUCUGACGGAGGACGUGAUCAGUGUUUUACUACAGCUGAUUGAAGAAGAACAGAAGAGGAAAGGAGAGACUCUCUGCUCCGAGCCUCUAGCUGUUCAGGUGGCCGCGUGCAUCGUCUCUCUCUGCGGCUGGGCGGGAAGCUCAACUCUUCAUGCCAUGAACCUGCCGAUCCUCACCUGCUCUUACUGUAUGAGGAAGGUGGGCUUGUGGAAUUUCCAUCAGAUAGACGGCAUUGGGAGCGAAGCAGAGACUUUAGUAAAUGUUACCGUAGCCUCAGCUCCAGCAGCAGCUCCAGCAGCAGCUCCAGCUCCUGCAGCAGCUCCAGCGUUGGCAGUAGUCGCCCCGGACGGCCAAGGAGACUCCACCACAUCUGCCUUAUCCACUCCUCCUCUAACUCCGUGUCGCAUGAAGCUCCGGAGCCAGGACUCCACCCGCUCCGACCAGGGCGACAGCGCCUCCUCUCCCGUGGCCCUGCGUUCCCGGAGCAGAGAUUCCCCCAGUCCCAGCGAGGAAGUGCCCAGUCCCCUGAACAAAGGCAAGAGGCCGGCGACGCGGAGUCGAGGCCAGGGAGACGGCCCGGGGACGGACGGGGCCGCCGGCUUACCUCCUAAACGUUUGUGCCUUUCAUCAAUAGGUGGUCCUGAUGAGCUCUUGCACAAGAACACGUUUGAUCCCCUUGCUCAGCACCGGGACUGGUGUCCGUGGAUUUCAGCGGGGAAGGAGAACGCCGAUCCCGGGGUUAUCCCGGCGUCGGACGGAGGAUCAGAACUUAACCGGCAGGGAUGGAAAGCUGCUCUGGACCUGCUCAUGCCCGCAAAGAAAAACUCCAACGGCGAGGGGCCUCGGGACAAAUCUAAAAGGGUGUUUGCUAUAUUCCGCCAGUGGCAGAUAUCCUCUUCAUCUUCAUAGACUCUUAGGAGAAAAACCAUCAAUACCACACUGAAUUAAUGAACUGAGCUGCCAUCUUUAUUAGGUACAGAAUCCAUCGAAUCAAUAACACAAGUGUCAUAUGUUUUUAAUGUCGAUCCUCCAUUGAAGUCAUGUUUACAGCCAGUGUUUCUUUAGGAAAGUCAAAGGGUGUUUUUCUAUGUUAAAAGUCAAAAAUGUGAACGAGGCCUUGGGGCUUUUAGAACACCUGAGUUUUGCUACUUUACGAGGGGUUUACGAAGGCCUUGCGUUGUGUGAAUACAUAACAGUCUGGAGGUUAUAAAACUCAUCUCUGUAUAUAAAUAAGACCCAAGAAGAGCAUGAACUAUUGACUUUGUGUAAAACUGCUACAUAUUUCCCUAAUGAUGUCAGGAUUGACUGAGUUUCUAGGGGAAUAAGAGAUAAGGAAUCUCAUUAUGAGACGGUUGGAUGGCUCUACACUGGAAACUACAUGUUUACCUUAACUGUAUGUUCAGUCAUUUGCAGGAGAGGAAGAUUAACCUCAGACUAGGGAAAAAGAAACUGUGAGGAAUGUUUUGUUUAAAAAUCAAGAUGGAUUUGAGUUUACUUUUUUUUUUAUAUAUAUAUAUACUUUGGUUCUUUUUGUCAGAGCUCCUCGUGUCGGCUUCUUUUUACCUCCCUGUGACAUGUCAGUGAUUUGUACUUCUCUCCAUCCUGCAUGGGAUUUUAACCGUAAGAUUUUACUGAAAGGGUUUAAUAAAAUGUUCUUCUCAAAA